GGGGCGGUGGCCGCGCGGCUCCGGGGGGACCAGCUCCGGACACUGCGCGGGCUCUGCAGGUGGCCCCCUCCUGCGUGCCUGCUGCGUGGGGACUGCCAGCCGGACAGGAGGACGGUCAGCCUGGGGGCGGCAGCUGGAGCCAGGCAGUGCACUCCUAUUCGGCAUUAUUGAGCUCCUCUUCUAUGCUGGGGAUUGUUGAAGGUGCCUGAGGAACACGGAGGAAGAAGAUUUGGCCACUGCCCUAGAGGAAGUCAGCCUGCUGGGGGUGGUACAAAACCCACACGAUGAGAAUGAAAGGUGCAUGGGGGGAGGAGAGGGAAAACGUUUACUGGAGAGUCCUCUCAUCUCCCCAGAUACUGCAGGACAGCCUUCUUCUGCCCUCCCUCAGCCCCCACAGAGGCUGCACGAGUGGUGCAUGCCUGAGCUGAGGGAGGCCGCCAGAAUCUCCACCAGGAAUUUGGAAUAGAGACACCAAGUAGUGUUGGCUUCUUGACCCAGAAGUUCAAGUGGACCCUGCAGGGGAGCCGAGGAAGGUGGUUUGCAAAGAGAGAGAAUGAGCCAGAGAGAGUGGUUAAGGGAACAGCCAUGCAUCUGCUCUCCCAGGAGGCCCUGCCGCUUGCCUGUGCAGUGUCCCUGAGAUCUUUAAAUUUGCAUCCUUUAAGCUACUCUGAAUGGGUUUUUGUUCCAUUUGAUGAAAUGUUCUUGAAGGAAAAAAGGCCCAUAAAGAGGGGAGCAUGUCCCACCAAGCCUUUGAAGGGUGAGUGGACUUUCACCAGAUGAGAUGAGGCUGUUUUGAGUUUAAUAAAUGCUUUGUUGCCUAUGUGGGAAUUUACGGCACGAGACAUUUUGUGUUUCCUUAAUUAAAAAAAAAAUUAUCUUCGUUUCAAAUAGGGUUUCCCAGCUGAGCUACAAGGGAAGUGGAAAGGAAUUUGUUGCUGGUUUUUGUUCACAGGUUGGCCCUAGGAGAAAAUAAAGCAGCACAUCUCCACAGGCCCAGAGCUGGCAGAGAUGUGUGAGAGAACACGUCAGGGCUAGGGCUCAGGGCGGAAGACGCGGGAAAUCCCUCCCUGGGCAGCCCCCUUGGCUUCAGUUAUUUAAAUUCCUGAAAAACUUGUGUUUAAGGGGGAGGAGGCUCCCUUUACACGGUUUCCCAGCAGUGUGAGGUUGCUCCACGACACGUGCUGACCGCUUUCUUUUUAGCUGGGACAUGACUGUAAACAUGUCGUGCGGUGAGUUUCCCCAGCAGUAUUGCGUUCGCUGCUGCCCGUGGAUGCCGACCUGCGUCUUUCAUUGAACACGCCUGCGUGCCCCUGGUCAGCAGGCUCGCCCGACGCACGGCCCCCAUCAGCAGGGCCUUGGCGCUUUGCUGACCCGGCAGAGCCAGGGACCGCUGGCGCGUAGGCACGCCCUCACCGCUGGUGCUGGAGAGCUUCAGGGGUCAUCUGUGCCAAAGAACGAGCGGUUUUGUGGACGAUCUUAACUCGGAAUGCGUUUUAAAGGAUUCAGGAGCAAGACUGAGCAGGAGGAGGCGGACUCUUCAGUCCCAACUUCAUUGAUCUUGUUCUCUUAUUUUAGGAAAUCUUAGUCUGGUCCAUGAAGAAAAAGUACCUCAAAGGAGCAUUUACUUCACUGUUUGUAUAUUAAGAAUGUUUUAUGUACUUCAUAAAUGUUUAUAACUGCAAGUAUUCUUUUUAAUUUUCUUUUUGUGAUGGAUUUUGGCAUUCUUAUGGUAGGCAUUUUACCUCUAGAAGAUAAAGGGACGCAACUUUAGUUAUCUUCCGUAUUGUCAUUUGGGAAAAACAAUUUUCUAACUCUGGGAGCAUUUUAAAAUAUGCAUUUAAAUAUGUUAAAGUUUAUUGAAGCUUAAUUUUGUCCCAAGUGGAUGGUAAGAUUUAAAAUUGUGGGUCACAAUUUGAAUUUGAAUUUGCAUCUGUUGAUUCUGCUUAAUUAAUAAUGCCAUGUCAGCUUAAUUAGUAAUAUGGUAGCAAGUUAAAAUUCACCUUAGUGUGGAGCAUUUAGGAGUCCCAUUGCCUAUCUAUUUCUUCAUUUUUCUCAUAUUUCUUUUGUAUGUUUUGUUGGUUUGCAAUUGGACACAUACACUUACAUAUUCUGCAUUUUUUUCAUUAUUUUAUGUGCCUUUUAUCACAGUGGGGUGUCAUUCUUAUACAUGUUCCAUGUCAGUGAUUAAUUUAUUUUCCCCAACUUUGUUCAUUUUUUUUUUUUUUUAACUCAGAAAAAUUCCAUUGCGGUGGAGAGGAAGGGGUUCUCUCAUUCUCCUUAGGGUUGGGUCUAGUUUUGCUGUUAUCUUUGGGUGUAUUCUUUGUUCAGGACACUCCACCCCCCACCCCACCCCCCACUAUUUUAAUGGGAUUUCUGUAAGAGGGGUGCACUCAGAAGUUAUAUAUUUCAUCUGUUUUUUGGCUUACAAUCCAUUUUCUGUAUACUAAAUGCUGUAUCCUUGUGUUAGUGUAUAUCUGAGCGCCUCGUAAUUUAAUCAUGGCUUGUCAUGGCCUUUGGAUAGCCUGUCCCUCACAGCUGUCCCCGCCCCAUUCUGGCUAGGAUGCAGUUCACGUCCCUUAGUCGUGCCCCAAGGCCUCUCGUGACCUGGCCUUUGUCCACCUCUGCAUGGUAAUCUCGGAUUGGUCAGAUGCAUUUCAAAGUACUUGUUGAUAAGUCCACAAGGCACGAUUAUUUCAUUCCUGUGUGAAUCUGUCACAGUCCCCGGAACAUAGUAAACGCUUGCUGCCUGCACACUUACGAGUGUUGGGCUUCUCUUCCCUCAGACCUACGGGGCCAGGCAAAGAUAAUGGUGCCCAGAUGAAGUUAGUAAGAUGGAGAUGUGCCCCCGCUAGCACUAUUUGAGAAAUCCAGUUCUUCAAUUUUGGGGGUGUCUCUUUUUGAAAUGUACAUUUUCCACUUACGUUGAGGUCUGUUAAAGCUUGGUCUUAUCUCAUGUGGACUGUGGCACUCUGAGGCCAAGGCUGUGACUUAAUACCACCUCUGUUUCUUCUGCUUGGUCUCUACACACGUGGGAGGUCCCCUGCGCUUACUGGUUACAAGGGAAGCAAAGAAACAAACCCACCGCUCUGCUGUAGUAUGAGUCACAUAUGAUCUGCCUUCCGUUAUGUUAGACAAGGCGCUUUUUUAGCACACAGAGCAGAUUGUGUUUAUUUCCCAGUGUCUGGGUUUUAGUAGGAAUUUGGUAACUCUUGGUGGUGUUGCUCAAUCUCCUGGGAAGAAAAGAACUUUAUAAGCUACAGUUAUUAAAUAAUGAGAUCAUAAAUUGACUGAUGUAGAUCUGUGGGCUACAAGCAUCUGAAAAAUCACUGUCAUUUGAAUGAAAAUUUGUCAGGAUCUAAUGGCCCCAGAUGUCUUUGUAAACUCAAACUCUGCAUGCUCGUUUAACUUAGUAGGCAGUGAACAUCUCUCUCUUUCCCUUCCCUGCAGGCUGCCAUCACCAUGGCUGCUGUGGACAGCUUCUACCUGCUGUACAGGGAAAUUGCCAGGUCUUGCAACUGCUAUAUGGAAGCACUGGCCUUGGUUGGCGCUUGGUAUACGGCCAGAAAAAGCAUCACCGUCGUCUGUGACUUUUACAGCCUAAUCAGGCUGCAUUUUAUCCCUCGGCUGGUGAGCAGAGCAGAUCUGAUCAAGCAGUAUGGAAGAUGGGCGGUCAUCAGCGGUGCAACCAAUGGGAUCGGGAAAGCCUAUGCCGAGGAGUUAGCAAGCCGAGGCCUCAACAUUGUCCUGAUCAGUCGGAACAAAGAGAAGCUGCAGAUGGUUGCCAAAGACAUAGCUGACACCUAUAAGGUGGAAACCGAUAUUAUCGUUGCGGACUUCAGCAAUGGCCGUGAGAUCUACCUCCCAAUCCGAGAAGCCCUGAAAGACAGAGACGUCGGCAUCCUGGUGAAUAACGUGGGUGUCUUCUACUCCUACCCCCAGUAUUUUACUCAGGUCUCCGAGGACAAGCUCUGGGACAUUGUGAAUGUCAACAUCGCCGCGGCCAGCCUGAUGGUCCACAUAGUGCUGCCGGGAAUGGUGGAGAGAAAGAAAGGCGCCAUCGUCACCAUCUCCUCCGGCUCCUGCUGCAAGCCCACUCCCCAACUGGCUGCGUUUUCUGCCUCUAAGGCUUAUUUGGACCACUUCAGCCGAGCACUGCAAUAUGAAUAUGCUUCUAAAGGGAUCUUUGUACAGAGUCUAAUCCCAUUCUACGUAGCUACCAAUGUGACUCCACACGGCAGCUUUCUGCACAAAUGCCGGUGGCUGGUGCCUUCGCCAAAAGUUUAUGCACAUCAUGCAGUGUCUACCCUUGGAAUCUCAAAAAGGACCACGGGAUACUGGUCCCAUUCUAUUCAGUUUCUCUUUGCACAGUAUAUGCCCGAAUGGCUCUGGGUGUGGGGCGCAAAUAUUCUCAAUCGUUCUUUACGUAAGGAAGCCUUGUCCUGCAAAGCAUGAAUUCAGAUGGUCCUUCAGGAAGUUUUGCCAACUUCUGGAACCUACAGUAUUCUGACAUUUGGAAGAACUCAGUUGACCUUAUGUAUUUUCUUUUAUAACUGGUUAUUUAGCCCACUGUUGAGUCAUCAUUUGCAAAGCAAACGUAGUAGUUGUACAGAAGCUGUGGAGAGAGCUCGAGGGUCAUGUGGAUGGCACUGACUACCUACCGCCCGGGUGGAAGGACACAUUGGAGAAACCUGAACAUCCAUAUGCCUUUUCCCUAAGCUGCUCGGAGUUGUGUGAUGUAUGUUCUGUGAACCAAGGCAAUCUGAAACUGAAAUUUCCUUAUCAUAUGAAAUAUACUUCUAUUAUGUUUUUAAGGGAAAUUUCAUUAGAUGAUUACAGUAUUGGUUUUCAAAUGUUCAUCAGGAAAGACUAUUUAAAAGCAGUAUUUAUAACUAAGAUUGCUGAUAUUAUUGGCUGUAAAAAUUUAUGUGUAUUAUGUUGCAUAGCUCUAGUUGUUUGUGUAUGAAAAUGCUGCUGUUCAAUUGAUAUUUCAUUAGAAAACCGUAUGUGUUAUGUGUAUUGUGUGUGUCCGAGUAAUUUUAUUUAUGAGUGAAGUAUUUUAAAAAAGAUUUCUUGUCAAGAUGGCUUAAAAUGGAACCUUAUUCCUUUUCAUCCUAAACAAGCCUACCCAAUUUUAUGCUCUUGGUUUGCCGGGUAUAAUGUUACUUACUGUGUUCUGUUUCAUUUGUUUGUUUUAAUCUACUGUUGAAUUAGUUAAUUCCCAGAUUUGGACAUGUAGUGGGUGACCCUAAGUCAUCUCUUGAUUUAUUCAGAAAAUUAUUGUGGAUAAGUAGUAAUUUCUCAGCCUAUGUCCCAUUUUAUAACUGAAAUUUAGCCCUUUAGAGCUUGUUUCAUCUGGUUUUCAGACAUUUUUCUAUGUAAUAUGAUUCCGAUUCCAGUCCAGUAGCAUUAGCACAAACAUCAAGUAUUUAUGAAUAGUAGUUAAAAUAAGGACAAAUUAUGUGUGUGAUGUGAUGUAUUUGUUGCAUAAUAAGUUAGAAGCUCAUCCUUGGUUCGUGUAAUGAAUUUCUGCAUAGAGAAGACUUUUAUUGGUGUGAAGAUUAUUAUGCAAACCACCCCCCCCACCCCCCAUGUGAGUUAGCAUUGAAACUUAUCGGGAAACUUUUUUGGUUCAGGUCCUAUAAAGCCAAACAUUUUUGAGGACCGCAUACUAUGACAUUAUGCACAUAUUUGAAAUUCAGAGUUUAAUCUUGUGACUGACACAGAAGCCAGUAAAUUGGUUGAAAAUCAAUGGAAUUGUUUUCUCACGGGAUGCUAUUCCAUUGUAAGUAUGCUUAAGCACCCUUUUAUGUCAUAGACAGUUGUGUCAGUGACAUUGCCUGGGGUGUUUCUAAUGUGACUUGGACUCAAAAGAUCAGUGGUGAAGUUCAGAAGCCUUCCCUUGUAGACCAGGUCUCCUUAAUCUAAGAAGAAGAUCUUAAAUUGUGAAAAAUUACAUACUGGAGAUACUAUGGAACACUGGAAGUUUCGAUGGAGUUAUCUUGGAGUUAUCUUUUGAUGGAGUUAUUUUGCCAUAUUUGAUAUUCCUUUACCCCACAAUUAAUCUGUGAUCAUUCAAACACAAAAUUUUAAGAAAAAUUGUGACUUCAUGCCACAUUGACUGGAAUUUCACUGUGUAAUAAAAAGCCACAACUUUACAUAAAAAUAUACCAUCAGAUAAUUAUAUCUAAGGUUAGGUGUUGAAUCAUUGUUAUGUGAUGACAAUAAAUAAACCAUGUCAGUGAUGUUUUAAAAUUCUCUGCUUAGCAGGAGGACAUGUGUCAAAUGCUGACCCAUGCAAAGGUGGUACAAGGUUGCCCAUAGCUGUAGUGAAGGAUCAAAACUUAGAAUCUCCCUUAGGUUUUCUGUCUUUCAUAACAUACUUUUUGCCGGAGCUUAUUUGAGAGUCUUAAAUUGGACCAUUGUUUGGGGUUGAGGUUUCUUAUUAAGAGUGUGGGACAUAAGAACCUUUGAAACUUAAUCUGUGAACUGAAAAUUUAACAACAAAAACAGCUGCUUGUGCUUCCUUUUGGAAAAGGUUUUGCUUCAAAUGUUUGCAAGUGGUUAUUUGGAAUGAAACGCACAUUUUUCCCCCCAUAGAAACCACUAUUAAAAAAUUUCAAAAAAAUUAAUUGAACCUUUGAACUUCUGUAGUGACUCAUUAAAAACUGAUAAUCAAGCAGAAAAUUGUACAUAAUAAUGUCUCUAGUAAAUAUUUUGAAGCUUCUAAGUUGUUUUCUUGUUCUCAUUCUUCUGUUGAGUAUGAUGAAGACCGAGCCCUUUCAGUAGAGCUACUUCAGUGGAGUGGUGGGGAUGAAAGCUAGGUUGGAGAGUGGGCUCAAGAAAGACUGAGAGGAAAAGAAGUGAGUCAGCAAGUAGACACAGCUCUUUUGAAGAGUCUUUUUUUUUUUCCAACCUUAAUUACCUUGAAACUUUUGUCAUAUCUGGGAACCAGUGAUUUAGAUGAUGUGUCCUCAGUCUU